GAAUAUCCCACUCAUCAACCUGUCUUCAUUCCAUGCAUAAAACACCGUUGCAUUGUUGCUGAUUAUCGCAUCAAGCUCCUUCGCAAUGGUUUAAAUUCAUGAGCAUCUACUCUCCUCUGCUACUGGACCACCACGCGCGUCUGAGCUAGGAUCGACAUCGGGACUCGACGAGGGUGGUGCCAUGCUCUGUCUUCCAGCGACUAGCCCGGUCACCCCUCCGCCCCCUCGCGUUCGGCGUGGUAAGCUAGUGCGCCGCCCUCCGCCUAACAGGAAAAAGGAUGCAUCGACAAACGUCGUGAGCUCGGUUUCUCCGCGAACCCCACGACGACCUAGAAAGCUUUCACGCGCACGAACCCGAUCCACACCAGCCAAACCACACUUGAAUCCACGGACCCCGUCACAGAGCACGGCGCACUCUGUUAACAAUCCCGGGUUGAAGCGACAGAUGAUGCUGCUGUGGAAAAGAUUGCGCAACCCAGGCAUCCCAUUCGCCAAGCGCAAUUCACGGCGCUUUUCGUUUAUGCCCCCAGGAUUCGUCCGGAUCGACAUACCGCAGGAGUUCCAGCAGCUUCGUAAUUGCUCUGGGUCAUCCAAUGAUGCCCUGCUUCAGCUCGACGACCCGACAGUAAUCCCGAGUAAGAAAUGGCAACAAUAAUCCGACGACAUCUCCGCUAUGGAACGACUUUUACGACCUUCUACAUUCAUGAAUCUCUGCGUGAUGACAAUACGAGUUGCAUUCGAGCCCAGCAAUAUCCAAUAAACACGGUAGAAUGAAGCAAUUGCAAUGCUAGCCC